AUGUUUGAUCUUGCAUUGAGGAAAUCACAUAAGGUGAAGGUGAUCAUUGCAGCAGAGUUUCUGAAGAGCGCAGAUGAACUGGUGAAGCAGAAGAUCCACCCCACGUCAGUCAUCAGUGGAUACCGUCUGGCCUGCAAGGAGGCAGUGCGCUACAUCAAUGAGAACCUGACCAUUGCAACAGACGACCUGGGCAGGGAGUGCCUGGUCAACACAGCCAAGACCUCCAUGUCCUCCAAGAUCAUCGGAGUUGAUGCAGACUUCUUUGCCAACAUGGUGGUGGAUGCUACUCUGGCAGUGAAGUUUGCGGAUCAGAAGGGUGUGGCGAGGUACCCCAUCAACUCAGUCAACGUGCUUAAAGCCCACGGACGCAGCCAGAAGGAGAGCUAUCUGGUCAACGGAUACGCACUCAACUGCACUGUAGGGUCUCAAGCUGCAGGGUUCAUCCGUCCUUCUGCCUCCACCGCCGGCGCAUGGUUCUUCUUUGUGGAGAAGAAGGACGAAACCCUGCACCCGUGCAUUGACUACCAGGGUCUCAACAACAUCACGGUGAAGAACCGCUACCCCCUACCCUUCAUCUCCUCUGCCUUCGAGACGCUCCAGCGUCUCCAACGCUUCCUGUAG